CAGUGUCAUCAAUGGACGCGCGCUGCCGGUGUGUGCGGAUGGUUGCACGUGAGGCACCGUGAUGGCCAGCAGCUCUGAUGUGGUGAAGAAAAUCAUGCGCUUCAAACUUCAGCUCACAGACUCAGCAGAGUCAGCCACGGUUGUAAAGAUUUUGCAGAAACUCAAGGAUCUGGAUGUCACUUUAGACAUUCUUGCUGAAACUGGAAUUGGCAAAAUAGUGAACGCAUUACGUCGACAUGAAAAGGCUGGAGAAUUUGCAAAGUCGCUUGUUAGGGGGUGGAAAAGAUUGGUCCCCAAAGAGUCCACAAGUCACACAGAAGGUGCUGAGGUGUCAGAGAGUUUAUCUGCUAAAGACAAACUGGACCAACACCGUCCUAAAAACGGAUGUCUGACAGAGGAUUUAAACAAUAACUGCUUAACAUCGCACAGUAAGAGUCACGAAUCCUCAGAUGAGGCUGACUUUAAAAGAAAGAGUUUCAGGGAAACAGAUUCAGAGAAACAAUGUGAGGAUCAGAAAACACAUAACGACACUAAAGGUCAAAAAGGAAAUCAGAGUUUCUCUCAGACUGAAUUCAUGGGAGAGAAAAUUGAAUUUCAAGAGGACAAAAUGGAUGAUUCAGUGGUUUCCAAGAAAAAGAAAGAUAAACAGAGUGAUAGAAAAUCAGGAUGUAGUGAUACUUUGUCUGGAAACAAAAGCUCAGAUGACAGUAAUCAGAAAUCAGGGACUUGUUCGAAAGAAAAAAACCAAAGCAGAUCAGAAAAUGAAAUAUUUAAGUCAGAGAAAGAGUCGAGUAAGAAAUCAAAGACAUCAGAUGAAAAGAAAAACAAAAGCAAAGAGUCUUCAUCAUGUAACCUUAACGACAAAUACUCAAAAACCUUACAGGAGGCCAAUGUCAGAGAUUACAAGUCCUCAGAAAUAUAUCAGGAUUCACAGGAGAAACCCAAAACCAAGAAAAGGAAAGAAAAACGUUCCAGUCUAAAAAAUGAACAAGAGUCUGAAAAUACUGAGCACAAAAACAAAAAAAUAAAGCGCAAAGAAAAGGAAAGAGACCCUGAAGAGCCCUCCAUGUCUUUUGAAUCCUGCCUGAACUAUGACGUGAGUGUUCGCAAGAGGAAAGAAAAAUCUGCUGUAAAGAAAGCGCCGAAAAAAAUCAGGACCGCAGUGAAAGAAUAUACAGAGUAUACUGAGAUGAAGAUGGACGAGUCUGACACAUAUGCUGAUUCACCAAAACCGAUGUUUAAGGACUCUAUCAUGGCCCUGAUGAACAUUCCUUUACCUGCAUCUCUACCUGAGUGUGACAAACCUUCCUGUGUGGAGUAUUUUGAGAGAAAAGUUGAGAGGGAGCCUGACUUCUGUGACGAGGAGUCUGCAACCUUCACUGGUCAACGGUGUUACAAGAAGAUGCAAGUGUACUCUGGUAACAAGGCUGUUUCCCUGCCAACCAUGAUGAGCCUGCACCAGCAGUGUAUCCGUGUGCUCCAGAACAAUAUCAACCUGCUGUAUGAAACCGGCGGAGUCCCGUUUGAAAUCCUGGAGCCGGUGCUGGAGAGGUGCACGCCUGAACAGCUGCUACGCAUUGAAGAAUGCAACCCAAUCUACAUGGGACUAACAGACCACCUGUGGGGGAGACAUUGUAAGAGGGACUUCAAAGACUCCAAACUUCAGGAGUACGAAUCCUGGAAAGAGAUGUACGUGAGGCUGUCUGAGGAGAGGGAGAGGAAACUCCAAAGACUGACAAAAAGCAUUGUUUCUUCACAUUCAGGCAAACCCAAAGGUCGGCAGGUGAAGAUGGCAUUUAUUCACACUGUUGCAAAGCCACCGAGAGAUGUGCGAAUUCAGCAGGAAAUACAUGGAACUGCAGUUCAGCAGCCUCAGCAGCCCAGGUGCAGUGUAAAGGCUCAGGACAACAGAGUGAGGGCGAGUUGUGAGGAGCCCAGUAGGUCCAGCAGCAGCAGUUCAGGAGGCGGAAAUUCACAAGACCCUCGCAAAAAAUCAAAGGUUGCUCCAAUGAUGGCAAAGUCCUUAAAGGCCUUUAAGAAGCAGAUGGGACGCAGAUAAACACUCUUAUAUUCUGAUCUUCAUAUUUACAGUGUGUGGAUGUGGUGAAAGUGCACUUAAUCAUUCAUUAACUUUGGACGAGAGAAGGCCUGUUACACUGGCCUUUGAUUAUUCUGUGUUUGUCUAAGCGUUUUCAGGAAUUAGCCUUAUUUCUCUAUAACUGUGAACUUUCUUCACUAUUAAACGAACAAUGAAAUGAGCAAAUGUGAA